AUGGCUAGGAUUGCAAUUCUUAUCGCACUCUUUAUUGCUGUAUCGGCAGUCAAACCAACUUUAUUUAAGCAAGUAAAAAAUACUGGGUUAAUUCAAGGAGUCGAUGAUGGAUGUGGAGGUUGUAAAGCAGAAGAAUGCUUUGAAUAUGACGAAAAAAUCGAUGAUGUUUGUGCUGGACCAGUAGGACCACAAGGACCAACAGGACCACAAGGUCCACCAGGUCCAUGCGGACCAUGUGGACCACAAGGAUGUCCAGGACCAUGCGGACCAUGUGGACUUAAAGGUUGUAAAGGCCCAAGAGGACCAAAAGGAGAAGACGGACCAAAAGGACCAGAUGGAGAAGUCGGAUGUCAAGGCCCUCAAGGUUGCGCAGGAUGCCAGGGUGACCAAGGAGACGAAGGUCCUAGAGGUGUAAGCGUGAAAUGCGUGUCAGUUCCAACACCAGAUUGCAAUGAUGAAUGUGGAGCAAGUGAAGUAAACUUUGUUUCAACCAAGAUUCAUAGCAAAUAG